AUGUCCAACCUAAAUGAGAAAGCGUUGCUCGCUAGUUAUCGAGUAACUUUUCGUGUGGCUAAAGCAGGAAAACCUCACAGUAUUGCCGAAAAUUUGAUUUUACCAGCGGCUUUAGAUAUAGCAGAGAUUAUGUUUGGCAAACAAGAGGUCGAAAAGCUCAAAAGUAUACCUCUCUCUGACAACACCAUUCAACGCAGGAUAAGCAAUAUGGUGACUGACGUUCGUGAUCAAGUCAUAGAAAAAAUAAAGAAAAGUUCUUUUGUGUCCUUACAAUUUGAUGAAUCAACGGAUAUUACGGGUUGUGUGCAGUUUGUAGCUUUUGUGCGUUUUGAAUCCAAUGAAAUAUUAAUGGAAGAAAUACUAUUUUGCAAGGCACUUCCCAAAAAUGCUACAGGUCAGUUCUUGCAUGACAUGUUCGUUGAAGCUACGCAAGAUAUGAAUAUCGAUUGGGCACAAAAAUGCAUUGCUAUUUGUAGUGACGGAGCAAAAGUCAUGACUGGUGCGAAGAGUGGAUUUAUUGUUAGACUGAAAGAACAAAUGUCAAACGCUUGUUGGAUGCACUGCUUUCUCCAUCGCCAAGCUCUUGCAGCCAAAACCUUGCCACAAGAAUACAGUCAAGUUCUAAAUAUUAUUAUUAACAUUGUAAAUUCUAUCAAAGGAAAAGCGUUGUAG